ACGGAGCAGCAGAGUCGCGCGCGAGGAGAGAAAGCGGUGAGACUGCCGCUCAGUGCCGUUAACUACACAGUCUGAGAUCUGCAAGUAGACUCUCGUUGCGAACUGAGUCACAGGGAGAAAAAUAAAAAAAUAAAAACUUUUUAUAGCUUCCGUAUUUCAAAAUGGCUGACCCCGUACGAGAGAACAGGGACGAAGAAGGGGGCGAGCGCAUGAGGGGUUUCGCAAGGCAAGGUGCCCUCCGACAGAAGAAUGUGCACGAGGUAAAAAACCACAAGUUCAUCGCCCGCUUCUUCAAGCAGCCGACCUUCUGCAGCCACUGCACGGACUUCAUCUGGGGGUUCGGUAAGCAAGGCUUUCAGUGUCAAGUGUGCUGCUUUGUGGUGCAUAAGCGCUGCCAUGAAUUUGUCACCUUCUCCUGUCCUGGUGCAGACAAGGGGCCUGCUUCCGAUGACCCGAGAAGUAAGCACAGGUUCAAGGUCCACACCUACUCCAGCCCCACCUUCUGUGACCACUGUGGCUCGCUGCUCUACGGACUCAUCCACCAGGGCAUGCGAUGCGACCACUGUAUGAUGAACAUACACAAGCGGUGUGUGGCUAACGUGCCAAGCCUGUGUGGCACAGACCACACCGAGAGGAGAGGCCGCAUCUACAUCACCGCCGAAAUCAAGAACAACGUGCUGAAAGUCAGCAUCAAAGAGGCCCGGAACCUGGUUCCCAUGGACCCUAACGGCCUGUCGGACCCAUACGUCAAGCUGAAGCUCAUUCCGGAUCCCAAGAGUGAGACCAAACAGAAAACCAAGACCGUUAAGUGUUGCCUGAACCCAACGUUCAAUGAAUCAUUUACAUUUAAUCUGAAGGAGUCGGAUAAAGACCGCAGGCUGUCAGUGGAGAUCUGGGACUGGGAUCUGACCAGCCGGAAUGACUUCAUGGGCUCUCUGUCCUUCGGGAUCUCUGAGCUGCAGAAGUUGGGGGUGGACGGCUGGUUUAAGAUGCUGAGUCAGGAAGAGGGGGAGUACUUUAACGUUCCGGUCCCUCCGGAGGGAGAGGAGGGGAAUGAGGAGCUACGGCAGAAGUUUGAGAGGGCCAAAAUCGGGCCGGCCACCAAGAAGGCGGACAGCUCCUCCUCCAAUGCCAUCUCUAAGUUCGACAGCAACGGUAACCGCGACCGCAUGAAGCUCUCCGACUUCAACUUCCUCAUGGUGCUGGGGAAGGGCAGCUUUGGGAAGGUGCUGCUGGCAGAGCGUAAAGGAGUGGAGGAGCUGUACGCCAUAAAGAUCCUGAAGAAGGAUGUGGUGAUCCAGGACGAUGAUGUGGAGUGCACCAUGGUGGAGAAGAGGGUGCUAGCUCUGUCAGGCAAACCGCCCUUCCUCACCCAGCUGCACUCCUGCUUCCAGACCAUGGACCGGCUGUAUUUUGUGAUGGAGUACAUCAACGGCGGGGAUCUGAUGUACCAGAUCCAGCAGGUGGGGAAGUUCAAGGAGCCGCACGCAGUGUUCUACUCGGCAGAGAUUGCCAUUGGCCUGUUCUUUCUGCACUUGAAAGGGAUCAUUUAUCGGGACCUGAAGCUCGAUAACGUGAUGCUGGACUGCGAGGGUCACAUCAAGAUCACCGACUUCGGCAUGUGCAAAGAGAAUAUGCUGGAAGGAGUGACCACAAAGACCUUCUGUGGCACACCUGAUUACAUUGCCCCCGAGAUCAUCGCCUACCAGCCGUAUGGCAAGUCGGUGGACUGGUGGGCGUUUGGCGUGCUUCUGUACGAGAUGCUGGCGGGGCAGCCCCCGUUUGAUGGAGAGGACGAGGACGAGCUGUUCCAGUCCAUCAUGGAGCACCACGUGUCCUACCCCAAGUCCAUGUCCAAGGAGGCCGUGGCCAUCUGCAAGGGGCUGAUGACCAAGCAUCCUGCCAAGAGGCUGGGCUGCGGGCCAGAGGGGGAACGGGACAUUAAGGAGCACGGCUUCUUCCGCUACAUGGACUGGGAGAAGCUGGAGAACAAGGAGGUCCAGCCGCCAUUCAAACCGAAAGCAUGUGGCCGGGAUGCCGAGAACUUUGACCGCUUUUUCACCCGCCACCCCCCGGUGCUGACCCCGCCAGACGAGGAGGUCAUCAACAACCUCGACCAGGACGAGUUCCAGGGGUUCUCCUUUAUUAACUCCGCGUACGCUGCCCAGGAAGCCCAGAGUUAAGGACUCGCAAAAAAACAAACAAAAAAUAAUGACGCAUGAGCCUCUUGGCUGAAUUUGAAUGAUCAAUAUAUCUGUUUAUAUGUAUGUGUACUACACAGUUAUCAACAUGUAUAUACAAAAAGCUAAUGAAAAACAAAAAAAUCUAUGAUACUAAGAACUGACAGGUUUGAAUGUAUAUCAGUGCAAAUUCCCGCUAACAAUAUCACGUAGGACCCCUGUUAGACCUAAAUUCUGUUUCGUCGCCGACUAAACCCUAUAAUUAAAAUAUUGGACUGAUGAUAGAUAACCCAUAGGUUUGCUGAAAGUAUGCACGUUCUUUGGCACCCAGUUUUUAUUUCUAGCAUAAUAUGGCAUUUCUCUCUCACCCUUGUCAAUCAUUCCUGUCUAUGCAAUGUUUAUUGCAUAGGCAUUUUAUUUCACAAUUUUUUUUUUUGUCAGAUUAUGGAUCCAACCAUAAUCACUUGAUAGUUUCUAGGAUCUUUAACGAAUAUCCGUGAAAGUAAAUGGCGUCGUAUGUUUUUGUUCAUCUUGUUAAUUUGUUUGUUUACAGAGGGAAGGCUGUUCCGGAAUUUGCAUGAGCCUUUCUAUUGACAAUUUGCUCUCUUAACCAAUGUACUUAGAUUAAGACUAACUAAUCAUAUAAUCAUAUACGCACACAAGUGAUUAAGAACUAUUUAUUAUUUACUUUUUUUUUUUUCAAGCAUGAAAAGAUAAUGUUUACAGGAUGAAAUAAUUCCGUGCUUCUGUCAGUGUGAAAUUGUACUCUGCGCUAUAGCUGCCUGUAAAUAGUAGCUCCAUCGCGCUUUCCCCCUUCCUCUAAAAAAGGCAGCGACCUCACGUCUGGCUCCCCCCUCUUGGUGCACAUAAGUAAGACACACCCCCGUGAAGAAAAGGAGCGGGAAGAAGGAUUAUGCCUUCUCAUCAUUGUCUCUGUCACUAUCUGUGGGCUUACAAAAGAAUCUUUGUUAGAAACUGUCAGCUUAGUCACCAGUCCUGGUACACGCUUUUCCACUGUAAGAGCUGGAACCACACCGGUUUUUAUUAUACUACAUGGGGCAGCCUGUAGCCGAGUGGCUGAGGCACAUGACUGGGACCCAGAAGUUUGGUGGUUCAAUCCCCAGUGUAGCCACGAUAAGAUCCACAUGGCUGUUGGGCCCUUGAGCAAUGGCCUUAACCCCGCAUUGCUCCAGAGGGCAUUCUCCCCUGGUUAAUCUAAUCAACUGUAUGUCGCUUUGGAUAAAAUCGUCAGUUAAAUAGCAGAUUAUAAUGAUUUUUCCCCACUGUAGACACGGAGCCAGGUUGUUUUAUUACGCCCCAUUCCCACUGCAGUGCUGAAACUAGGCUGUUUUAUUGCACCCCUUUCCCCCCUGUGGAGCUCUGACCAGUUUCAUGAGUGGGGUCAGGGGUCAGGGGUCAGGCUGGUAUGAAGGAGGAAAUGACGACCCUGAAACAGCAAAGCCCCGUGAAAUAUAGGGAAUAGGAGAAAUGCAUCCUCCUUCACUGUUUGCUAAUGCCUACACCUUGCUUCCUCUCAUGAAUGCUGGGAGAUACUGUAAAGGCAGUGAUUUUACAGUAGGGAUACUGUUUACAUUUUUCAAAUAGGAUAUGCUCUGCUCACUCAAAACUGGAAAAUAACUUUCAUAACAAAUGUUUUAAAUGCAUGUGCUGUGUAUAUUACAUGAUUCAGAUUACUGGUAAAAGUAGUUCAUAAUUUAUGCGACCAGCUAGGCAGGAGGAUAUGUACAAACACCCACACGCAGCUGUGCAAGAGUCUUAGACUCUUCACUCAGAUAUGAAAGCUGAAACGUUAAGCUCAGUGUACAGUAAACGCACCUUGAGAGAAAAGAACACAUAACUUAAACAUACCUUCUGUAAAUGUCUCCUUCCUUCAGAAAACUCAAAUUCUGCCUGGUGAAGGUGUUCUCUUUUUUAUUUUUUAUUAUUAUUAUGAAUAUAAUAGUAAUAGCUUAAUUUAUAUGGCACAUUUCAUACAUUACAGUGCAGCUCAAAGUGCUUUCCAAGCAAAAUAAAUUACAAUUAAACACGAUAAAACAUAGUAAGCGUAAAUAUCAGUUUGAUUCUCUGAUAUGCUACCUAUACACACACAAAGACACGCAUACACGCACAUGCAGGCACACACAUUUUUAGCUGUUCUCCGGUGUAGAGCAGUGCUUUUAGUAUGCAGGCGCUGUCUCUUCUUCCAAAAUGCUAUUUUGUUUGUCUGCAGCCGAAGCUAAUCUGUGGUUGACAGGGCAAAGCAGGCCUUGCUCUGCUGACAAGGGCUUGGUUCUGUAACUCCCACAGUGACCCCGCAGGCAAUCAAACACCAGUGGCCCACCUUCCAGAGAAACAAAUCCCCCCCCCCCCCCCCCCCCAAAUACAACCGGAAAUCCUUGUGCUGCCAUUCUCCCAGUUUCUGAUGGGUCUGUCACCUGCAAGGAUUGUUUUCUAGUAGCCAGUAGACUGUCCCUAUAAAUGACUGCUAUUUCACAUGAAGGACAGGUGUGGAAGUGCAGUUACUGAAUGGCCACAUUUAUGCUCUUUUUCUAUUUUGUUGAUUGUUUCCUUCAGGCUCUGCUGUUAAUUAUGAAUUUAAUUGAUUUAAUUAGCACAAUAAUUUAUCCUGAUUUACCCAUUUCCACAACUGUGCAAAUGAGCAAAAAAGGAUUACGCUAGUGGUCCCUCAAGAACUGCAUGCAAGAGCUAGUCGACUGCAGUGUGUUUGUAAUAUGUGUUUAAACAUACCAUUUUAAAUUAUGUUUAAAAUUAUAUUAGAAUAUUUAAAUGCAUAGAUUUUAACCAGUGAACACAAUUCUAACAUCCCUGGUUAUAAGAAACACUGCCAGAUUCCCUCUGCCCUUGAUAUUAAAUGUAAAAGAAUAUACAUACUAAUUGACGAGCAUGUUACAAGCAUAUCAAGUCAUGCAACAUCCGUGCUGAUAUUGCUAGCAAAUGCAACUGCAUUCCACAACCAAAAGUCAAAGAUGAAAGUAAUUUCCUUCAAAAUGAAUCUGUAACAUUUCCCAAAGUAACCCUGGCUAUUGUCCCAACACGAAUCCAUCAGAAAUCAUACAUUUGCUGUAAAAUGGCAUUUAAAAGUUGGGGGAAAAUAUAAACCUGCUUUUAUUUUAUUAUUAUUAAUUUUACCAGGAGAAACCCCAUUGAGAUCCUUUAUAAAGGGGGCCAAACAUAAAACACAAAGUUAAAUAAACAAAAUUACAAUAACAUACAAAAAUGGGAUAGUUGUGUACCCAGCAAUUAAUAUCAGGAAUUAAUGCAGGCAUGUGGUUUAGUCCUUGUCAUUCAAGCAAUUGGACUUUUCAUGUCCAGUUUCAGGUAUUUUUAGAGAUUGUACAACAACCAGGAGCUGAGUUUGAUGGAUGGCCAGGCUUCAGGAUUUCAGACUUGUGGUGAACAUACAAAUCUUUUUUAAUUAUUAUUAUUAUUAUUUUAAAUAUGAUAAUUGAAUGUUUAUUUCAUAGAAUUGACCAUGACUAAGAUGUUUAUCUAUAGCAGCAUAGCAGUGGCAGUCGUUUAUAUGAAUAUUGGUGCAGCAGCAAAAUUUCAUUUAAAUUAUCAUUGGUCUCAACAGCCUGUUUUCAUUCAUUUUCCCUGAUUAACAAGCGUGCCAAUGGUGUGAUUUCAAUUAUCAAUUGACAAGUAUCAGAUUAGGGAGAUUAAAUUAUACAUUUUUUUAAAAGUUUUAAUCACGAAGUACACUUAACAAAAAAGAUACACCACUCUGUUUAAUGCUGUGUUUGAUUCAGCUUAACCAGCUGUGCAUAAUAGGUCUUUCCCAUUAAUAUUCUCUCAGUGCAGAGAAGGAAGAGUACCUACAUGUCUCCGCAAAUAAUGUUGAGAAAAUGUGCAAAGUGAAUGACAUGACUGAGUAAAGCUGAUAUAUCUGAUGGUCUAAUAUAUAUGAAUGAACCGCUGUAUUGAUUAUCAAGCAAAAUGACUUACAACAGGUUUAGACCAAUCAUCAGUUUAAGGGCCCGCCAACUGCUACUGAUCUUUAGGUAUAAUCUAAAUAACAAAAACAAACGUAGUUGUUUCUCAUUCCUGCCAAAAGCAGUAGUAUAAAGCUUAUUAGGGCUUUAAUAUGUUUGUGUCUCAGAACAGUGUCAAAUAUAAGUAUAUGCAUAUAUGCUCAGUAUUGUAAACAAAAAAUUAUUUCUAAUCCAAUAACUCAUUACAUGUCAUAGUUCAACACAUAAAAAAGAGCCUUGUGCAUGAAAUAUUAACUGAAGACUGUGAUCUCAUGUUAUAUUUGACCAUCAGAGCUUAAGUGAAUUCUGCAGGCUAUUGUGUGUGCUGUGUACACUAUACCUCAACUGCUAUUUAAUGUGCCUAAGUGUUCUUUUUUUUUUUCAUAAAAAGGCAUGAAUGUAUGAAAUAAAACUUAAAUAUGA